CCUCCUUCAGUCACAUCACAGGGGGCUGCUACUCUGUCUGCUCGCACACUCUCUCUUGCAACCGAUCUGAACACGUUUCCACUUCAUCCGACUUUACAACUUUCAGGGAAAUAACUUUGAACUCAUCUCCUCAAAUGAUGCACUCGGCGCAGAAAGACACCACGUUCACCAAGAUCUUUGUGGGAGGUCUCCCUUAUCACACGACCGACUCCAGUCUGAGGAAAUACUUCGAGGUGUUUGGAGACAUCGAGGAGGCUGUUGUCAUUACUGAUCGGCAGACGGGGAAAUCCAGAGGUUAUGGAUUUGUGACCAUGGCAGACCGGGCCUCUGCUGACAGAGCAUGCAAGGACCCCAACCCUAUAAUAGAUGGCAGAAAAGCCAACGUAAAUCUGGCCUACCUGGGGGCCAAACCCAGGGUCAUCCAACCAGGAUUUGCAUUUGGCGUACCUCAGAUCCAUCCAGCGUUCAUCCAACGACCUUAUGGAGUCCCUGCCCACUACGUGUACCCACAGGCCUUUGUCCAACCCAGUGUGGUGAUCCCUCAUGUGCAACCUUCAGCUGCUACUGCAGCAACAGCUGCUGCUGCCACUUCUCCGUACCUUGACUAUACAGGAGCAGCGUACGCUCAGUACUCUGCAGCUGCUGCGGCCACCGCUGCUGCAGCUGCUGCUGCAUAUGAGCAGUAUCCGUAUGCUGCUUCACCAGCACCGACAAGCUACAUGACCACGGCAGGGUAUGGAUACACUGUUCAGCAGCCAUUAGCCACUGCUGCUACUCCAGGAGCAGCUGCUGCUGCAGCAGCCUUCAGCCAGUAUCAGCCUCAGCAGCUGCAGACAGACCGCAUGCAGUAAACCAUGAAAACUACCUUAAGGAGGAAAACCCAGGAGGUCACACCUCUACCAUAAAAGGGCAACAUGAGGCAGGGAGACUGAAGAGGCUGAAUGAUUGUCACUCACAGGUUUUAACUUAGCAGUCCUUCUACCAAAGAGCCUGAAGAAAAUCCCCAAAACAUGUGGAGAUAAAUAAGGAAUUACUGUUAACUUUAUUCAAGUGAGAUCAGUAUUUUGGCACUAUUGAAUAUUUAUCAAUAUUUAAUAUUUAUUCAGCAGUAGAAUAUUUAAUGUUAAUUUAGGGAGGAUUACUUAUCCUCACGUCAACCAUUACUGAAUGCUGUAUAUAUGUUGUGGUGGAAUUUGAACAAAAUUCCCCAGUAUAUUUAUGUCUUAUAAUCCAGUUUCUUCCUUACCUUUCAAAAACAAACACAAGCAUGCUCAACCAUCACGCGGGUCUCAGUAUUUCAUAGUUUUCGAACAGCUAUGCAGAUGUUGAUAUAAAGAUGUCAGUGUUUUGUUCAGAUCCUUCCCUAUUUUUAUAACUAUUUGGAGUGAGAAAGAUUGGACACCCUGGUUAUAUUUUUUAUUUGUAUGUAUGACAAAACACUGAAGCAAAGCACUCCCUUUCUUCCCCUUUAAACUGUACCUCAAGCAAGCUCAGCAAAAGGGGAGAAUCAUUGUUGAAUGUGAAUCUCAUUUUCAUUUGACAAAAUGUUUCAUAAUGUGCCUUUUAAAUUAUGCUAUUUAUGUAUUUAUCAUGGAGCCUUAUACCCUUUAUUUAGUGUUAAUUUUAGUAUAAAAUUUCUAUAGGACAUGUCCACAUGUGCUGCUGCAUUCUGAUCAAGAGCUAAUGAAGGAUAUUUACUCACAACAAAGCAAACACUGUGUUUGAAGAACAAACUAGGAGUGGAAAGGAAGCAAUAAGUCCACUGAGUCUCUGUUUUCUGUAGAUUAAAUGUUUUUUUUUGUCUAGAUUUAAUUCUUAAUGUGGCUUUUUAUACUUGACCUAUUUGAUAAUGGACAGUUUUUAAAGUUUUGUACAUUUGGUGUCGUUAGACAUUAAAUGUUUCCUAAUGCAAGGGUGUCACCUGUUUCACCUUGCACUUUCUGAUGCAUGACUUAAAAUAAUGCAAACAUUUAAUAUGUGAAAUAAAAGGAAAUUUAACAUCUGCUUCUUCA